CCACGCGACCACGCGCCGGCGCGACGCACAGCACAGGGAGAGAGCAGCGACAAAGCCACGCACCGUCGAUCAUCAAACGCCCGGAGUAAACAUGGCGCGCGGCUUCUGCGCCGUUGUUGGGGUGCUGCUGCUAGGCCAGGCGACCGCGUUUUUCGGCUCGCCGUCGGCGUUCAUGACGGGCACCAUGUCGCCCGGCCUCAGGACGCCGGGAACGACGUCGGUUCUCGGGCGGGAGGCGAGAACCUACCGACGAUUGUCGACGACGAAGUCGGGGGCCGCCUCCACGGUCAUGAUGCCCAUCGGCGUGCCUAAGGUGGCGUACCGAGUGCCGGGGGCGCCUACCGCGGACUGGGUGGACAUCUACAACCGCCUCUACCGGGAGCGCAUCAUUUUCUUGGGGCAAGAGAUCGACGACGAGCUGGCCAAUCAGAUCAUCGGGGUUCUGCUGUACCUCGAUUCCGAAGACAGUACGAAGCCGAUCUACCUGUACGUCAACUGCCCCGGUGGCUCGGUCAUCGCCGGCCUGGCCCUCUUCGACACCAUGCAGCACAUCCGCUCAGAAGUGGUGACGAUCAACGUCGGGCUUGCCGCAUCGAUGGCUUCGUUCAUCCUCGCGGCGGGGGCGAAGGGGAAGCGCAUGGCGCUGCCCCACUCCCGGGUGAUGAUUCACCAGCCUAUGGGCGGAGCGCAGGGGCAAGCGGAAGACAUCAAGGUGGAGGCGACACAGAUCAUGCGCAUCCGCGACAACAUCGUCCGGAUGUAUGCUAUGAUGACGGGGCAGACCCAGGAGCAGAUCACCAUUGACCUGGACCGCGAUAACUUCAUGUCGGCACAAGCGGCCGCCGACUACGGCCUCGUGGACACCGUAAUAAAGCUUUCUAAGAAAUAGAGAACAAGGGGGGCAUGCUAAGAAUCUGUAUUUUGCCCCGUGUAGGUGUAGACAGCAGUAAUGGGUGGUGUUUGGUCCGUCCGUCCACACGUGUGUCACUUGUCGCGCGUGCACGCUCACACGCCGUAGGGUCGAUCGGGCGACAGGCGAGACCACGGGGUCAAAUAAGUUGUUCUCGAGGAAGAGGUUCGAUUCUGAGUUGUUUGUUUUGGCAACGACGGUGAGGGUGAGGAUCCUUGGGACGUGGCAUGUGGCUCGACGACGGCGCGGACCUUGGUUCUUCUAGGUUUAUUUUCACUCAAUCCCAGGCGACUUUGUAGCAGGCCCACGUACCUGUGGGUAUUGUGCACCGCCGGGUAGAAGGCCUCUGCUGAACCCGAACAAGAAAGAGGCGGUAAAUUGUGUGCAAGAUUGCUGAUGGGUGUCUGACUUGUUCAUGCUGAAGUGGUGCAAGUGCGGGUGGAACGUUUGCUGCGGCUGCUAGAUGCUGCGUCUCGGAGGCUUGCUCGGAGUUUGGCGCAGGCGUUGCUUCUUUUGAUUCGGAGGUGUCGCGGAAACGCCUUUCUUUGUAACCCUCGGCCAGAGGACCCUUCCGCACAGCUUGGGUGGCGUCGUCACCGUAGUUGUCUUGCGGUCGGGACGUCAGCGGCGGGACCCACAAGAGGUAUGGCGUAACUGCGUGUCGAGGUCAAAACCUUCCGACUGCUUGUUGCGAUUCCAUCUCCUCUUGUGCCCCAAGUGCACCAGCGUUUUUCCUCUCCACCCCGAAAGCGCUACCCCUACUGCAAUUUCAGCAGCUUUCUACGGAAGUUUGGUAUUUUGCCCUAGUCAAGUGGGGUUGAGUGGCGAAGGUGCCGCGCGGCACAAUCAACUCCACUGCCCUAUCAGCAGCACAAUCCGUUCGAAAGCUCUUCUUGCGUGAUAUCCGGCAAAGCUACCACGGGAAUUUUGUAGAUUCGGGUUUUCCCUUGCAGAA